UGCAUAUUUCCUUUUCUUUUCAUUUUUUUUUUUCCAUAACUACUCUUUGAAACUGAUUGAUGUUAUGGGUAUGUCUGGUAUUGAAUUACCAUGACAAGGAUUUGCAAUUGCAUGGUAGAAUGGAGGAACUGCCAGGGGCGUUUGGCACCAGUGCCAGCUUUGCUCUUCGAUUGGGGCAAACUGUUUUCUCCUCCGCUUCCCUUCUUUUCAUGUGCUUGGACGUUGAUUUCUAUGGCUACACCGCUUUCUGCUUUUUGGUAACAGUCAUGGGUUUGGUAAUUCCCUGGAGCAUAACACUGUUGGUAGUAGAUGCAUACUCUGUCUUUAUAAAAUGUAUACCGCAUCAAGGAAGACUCAUAUUGAUCAUCUUUUUGGGAGACAUGGUUUUGUCAUAUCUCUCACUAGCUGCAGCAUGUUCAACAGCCAGUGUCACAGAUCUCCUGCUUGAUGCUGAUGGAUCCUAUUGCCCACCAAAUUUAUGUGGUAGAUAUCAAUUAUCUGCUGCUAUGGCCUUCUUGUCUUGGUUUCUUUCAUCAGCUUCCUGUCUGUUUAAUUUUUGGCUUUUCUCUUCUCUGUAAAAUAUCUUGCUUUCUGUUGAUAUAUAUAUACGAAUGAAAAGGGUGCAAAUGACGAAGUCAUUUGUUCUUGGGCUGAAAUUUUUUGUUUCCAUGUGAAUAAAACUAUUAUGACUAAACCAACAAUGUAUAAUUACUUU